CCGUGUGGUCAUGUCGGUCAGUCAGUGAAUAUCCUUGCGUAGUAUUGUUUUAAUUUGUAUUGUUAUAGCUUUAGCAGUCGGUGCUUAGCUAAAUAUUGGUUUUUAACAGUUAAAUGCAGUGUAUAUAAAAUCAUUUUAUAGAAAUCUGUGCUGUUAACCAGGAGUUUUAUAGCAUUUCAAGAUGGAGGCUCUCUCAGACGUCCUACAGCCGUACAAGGAGAUCGUCGGCACGAUCGCGGCCGUAGUCACCAUGGGGCAGAUGUUCUCUGGCUCAUUCAUGUGCUGGGACUUCUACAAGCAGGGGGACACUAAGGGCGUGCCACUUUUGUGCUUCGCCGGCGGUCUAGUCAUGGGAGUACUGAACUUGCAGUAUGGCUUCAUUUUGCGCGACGACACAAUGAUCCGAGUCAACUUCUUCGGUAUAGCGCUGAGCAUCGUCUACUUGUCUAUCUACUUCUGCUACACGAAAGAAAAGGUUAAAGCGUGGUUCGAGCUCGGUCUAUGGGGCGCGUUCACCGCUGGAGUGAUCAGCUACGUACAAAUGGCUGAUCCCGCCGUCGUUGAGAACCAUCUCGGGACAAUCCUGACUGCCUUCAUGUUCUACCUGAUUGCGUCACCGCUUUUCGGGCUGAAACAAAUCAUCGCCAAGCAGAGCACUGAGGGUCUACCUUUCCCUAUGAUCCUCUCUGGUACCGUUGUCACCUUCAUGUGGUUGCUUUACGGCAUCAUCCUCAAGAACAACUUCCUCGUCCUCCAAAACUCAAUUGCGUUGGCGCUGAGCUCGGCACAGCUGGCCCUCUUCGUGAUCUACCCGACGAAGCCCAAAGCGGCCGCCAAGGCCAAGGCGAAGAAAGCCGACUAAACUCGUAAAUUGUAUUAGGUUUGUAUUAUGUUAAGCAAAUAUACACCUUAUUUCUAUAGCGUCUUAGUUGAAAGUGCAACGCUGUGAGUUUAUAAAGGAAACAUAAAUAGAAAGACUCAAGAAACUAAAAUAGAACAUGUCAAGCAAAAAUACACCUUACUUCAAUAGCGUCUUAGUUGAAAAUUAAACAAACGGUGUGAUAUUGGACUAAGGAAAUUAAUGUAGAACAUGUCAAGCAAAAAUACACCUUGCUUAUAUAGCUUCUAAGUUGAAAGUGCAACAAUCGGUGUAAAAUAAAACGAUGUGAUAUUGGAGUAAGGAAAUUAUGUAGAACAUGUCAACUUGUCAAGCAAAAACACCUAACUUCCAUAGCUUCUUAGUUAAAAAUGCAUGUUUAUUAAGGAAACUAAAUGGCGUGGCUAAUUUUAGCAUGCUGAAUACAAAGGACAUGUGGAAAUGUAAUUAGCAUUCAAGUCAUAGUAAUUAGACAGCUUAUUUAAUGUUAACAUGCUACAUUAGCCGUGUCUAUUUUCUAAAGAAAGCCUUAUAAGUAGAUUUUAAAUAGUGUAUUUAAGUAUCGUGUUAGGCAGCAUAUUUUUUAAAUGUAUUUCAGUUUUAACAGAAAACAAAUGGGUUUUAACUAAUCUAGGGAGUUUAUACUUUAUAUAAUUUUGGAAGAAUGUUACAGAUGUAAAUAUAUUUUUGAAUACUGAUGUGUACAUAAAAUCAAGUGAAAUUACAAUUUUUAUCUAUUUUUUUUACAUUUAAUACAAUAAUCAAUAUUUUUAUCUUAGUUAUAGGAAUAAAGUGUCUGGAUAUAAAGUGUAUAAAGUAUACAAUAUAUCCCGACUUCAUUUACGAUAUUUUACAAAACUCUGUUUCUUCUUCUUCCUCGCGUUAUCCCGGCAUUUUGCCACGGCUCAUGGGAGCCUGGGGUCCGCUUGACAACUAAUCCCAUGAUUUGAUGACAUGACGUAGGCACUAGUUUUUACGAAAGCGACUGCCAUCUGACCUUCCAACCCAGAGGGGAAACUAGGCCUUAUUGGGAUUAGUCCGGUUUCCUCACGAUGUUUUCCUUCACCGAAAAGCGACUGGCAAAUAUCAAAUGACAUUUCGUACAUAAGUUUCGAAAAACUCAUUGGUACGAGCCGGGGUUCGAACCCGCGACCUUCGGAUUGAAAGUCGCACGCUCUUACCGCUAGGCCACCAGCGCUUUUUGUAAUAAACAUUAUUAGUAAUGUUGUCUGUUGGGUUCUAUAUUUCAAUGUACGUAAUUUACAUUUUCUUUCUUCAAAAUGAUUCUAUUCCAUUUCCAUUGACUUGAAUAUUUUUGAUAAACUUCUCGACUUUUAUAGUCUAGGCUAGGCAAUUUGUAUGCAGCCCCAUCUAGACUAAGGGCAUUAAUGUUUAGUAGGUACAAUCUGAAUCUGUUUUUGUUCAUAUUUCCUUUGCAAAACACCUCAUACUCCUCGUUUAUUGGCACAAAGUAGAUAUAUUGUUAUGCCCUAGGAACCUUCCCGAAAUAUCUUUGGUAUUACUAAGACGUUGUAUUUAAAUUGUAAUGCCUAUUUUUUACUUCUCAUUGAGAAUUUCGUUUCAAACGCCAUUUUUUGAGCCAUUUCUACAAGCAGCAAACCACGGCUUUCGCUGCAGUAUUUUUUGUACAGUCAGUAGCGGAUGUUACUAAGUGGGUGUUCAAAAUUACCUUGACACGCUCUUACAAUAAAGUCUCGUCAAGAUCAUUUUGAACAUCUGGCCCGCUUAGCAAUUUCCGCUGCUGACUGUACUAACAAUAACUCAUUUGACCAUGCGUAAAGCUUGUUAACUUCCAAUAAGGUGUACGAUUAAAUAAAAUGUUGCGAUGAUGUACAGAACAAAUUAUUACCAUGUUGAAAUAUUGUUUGAGUUCUUCCUUUCCUAAUAUAUUAAAUACCUAUUGUUGUAUGGUAAAUAUUUCUCUAUGAGAGUAUAUUUUCAGAGAACAUUCACUGGUAUGGUUGUGAAUGAGAUAUCUAACAGAAUAGAUAUAAUAGUAAUGAGGCUUAUUAGAGGUGGCUAAAUUUAGCUUGCUAAAUGAAAAAGACACAAAGGCAUUUAGCAUGUAAGUCAUGACAUAUUUAUAGACGGUAAGACUGUCUAAUUUUAGCAUGCUAAAUUUAGCCACGUUUAAAGCUGACUUUCUAUUUUGUAAGUAGCUUGUAAGCGAACAUUCCGUUAUGUAUUUUGUAAGAACAAAUCAAUUUGUUAAAUAUUUUAGGCGCAUUUGACUACGUUGUUAGUUUUAGCGUUGAAUUAGAAUUUUACUUCAUAUUUUCCUAGCAUUUUCCUAGUCACAUAUUAAAAUAUUAUUGUACCUAUAUUCAAUGUCUUUUACAAAUAAUAUAACAUGAUUUGUUACAUUGUAUACUUUUCUAAACCUAUUUUAAAUCCCGUUUGUACUCUGUGAUUUGUUUCCUUAAUAUCGUACAGGUGUCUGUGCGUAAAGAGAAAAGUCGUAAAAUGUAAGGGCUCCCAUACUACUCUUCUCUUUCCGCACAGACUCUAGACAUUGCUGUGAGAAAUUAUAUUAAUUUUUGUGUUAUACUUGUUGAUUGAAUCAAUAAAUUAUUAGUUUUAAUAUAAA